AUUUUAUUUUGAAGUUUUCUCCGCACAUCAGCGGAAGUGGCGGGGCUUCCGCUUUCGACGCGUUACCGGCAUUGGUCAUUCAACAUGGCGGCGGGACCAAUUUCGGAAAGAAAUCAAGAUGCAACUGUGUAUGUCGGCGGCUUGGAUGAGAAGGUGUCAGAGCCGUUACUGUGGGAGCUCUUCCUGCAGGCUGGUCCUGUGGUCAACACACACAUGCCCAAAGACAGGGUCACUGGCCAACAUCAAGGUUAUGGCUUUGUGGAGUUCCUUAGUGAAGAGGAUGCUGAUUAUGCCAUAAAAAUCAUGAAUAUGAUAAAGCUCUAUGGCAAACCAAUUAGGGUCAAUAAGGCCUCAGCACACAACAAAAACCUAGAUGUUGGUGCAAACAUCUUCAUUGGUAAUUUGGACCCGGAAAUAGAUGAAAAACUUCUCUACGACACAUUCAGUGCGUUUGGUGUGAUCCUGCAAACGCCAAAGAUCAUGCGAGACCCAGACACGGGCAACUCUAAGGGUUACGCUUUCAUCAAUUUUGCCAGUUUUGAUGCAUCGGAUGCAGCCAUCGAGGCCAUGAACGGCCAGUACCUCUGCAACAGACCCAUCACAGUGUCAUACGCCUUUAAAAAGGAUUCCAAAGGAGAACGCCACGGCUCAGCCGCAGAGCGACUACUGGCUGCACAGAACCCCCUCUCCCAGGCGGACAGGCCGCACCAGCUGUUUGCGGAUGCUCCGCCACCACAGUCUGCACCAACACCAGUGCUGACUGCGAUGGGAGCAGCAAUGCCCAUUCCAGGUCUACCGCCUCCUGGUGCAUUUCCUCCUCUUCCUCCCCCUGGGACAAUGCCCCCUGCUAUGGCCAUGCCUCCAACAGCAGGAGUACCGGGUCCACCGGUUUCUGCUGGUGGACCUCCACCCGGACCACCACCGUUCCCUCAUGCCAACAUGCCUCCGGGUAUGCCUCAGAUGCCCAUGCCGCCUCCUGCUCCUCCUGGCAUGGUGCACCCUGCUCCUCCAGGGUCGGCCCAGCGAGCCCCGCUGCCCCCCAACAUGCCCCCACCUCCAAUGGGCAUGCCUCCCAGAGCACCCUAUGGACCUCCCAUGGGUAUGAGAGGGCCUCCUCCUCCGAUGCCUCCGCCUGGCUACGGUGCCGCUCCUCCCGGUCCUCCUCGUCCACCUCCUUUUGGUUUUCAGAGAGCGCCUCCCAUGCCACCGAGGCCCCCGGGUGCCCCUCCUCGGGUGCCUUAAGAGCACGAUGAUCCAUGUUAGACGGCGUAAACCAGCUGCCGUUUAGCUCUCUUUAAAACACGUUUAGGGUUACUGCUGUAGUUUCAGUCUCUUAUUUGUUUGUUUUUUCCCUUUUUUUUGAUCAUUGUACAGAUAAACGCAACUUGGCAAAUACAUUUUUAUUACAA